AGGUCCUGCUUUUCGUUGACGAAAAAUCCUCGAUCUGAGCGGGCCCCGCAAUGGUUGCCCAAGCCGAGUUGAGGGAGAAGGUGCCCGGAUUGGAAGGCCCAAAUGGUGUGCGAAAGGCUGAGGAACCAAGUGAUUACGUGACCUUCUUCCCCGGCCACGCGGGAAUUCUCGCUCAAAAGGCUCAGUUGGAGGCGGACUUGUUAAAUCAGUUCCAGGCCGACACGGUGGUCGAGAAGCCAAGGCAAGCGAGGCACACCAAGUGUCCUGCAACUAUUGCAGAAAAGGUUUGGAAGUCUGGCGAGCUGGUCAAGGGCGAGAAGGUCAAAUACUACAGCAACACGCAUGGCGAUUGGUUUGACACGGAAGUGGUUCAUGUGCAAGAGAACGAGGGCUUCGUGAGCCGCGUGGACCUGACCUGCAAGACGCGGGCGGAUCUGAGCAGAAUCACCAAGGAGAUGGGUCCGACCUACGCCCCGGGCGAUCGCGUGUGGUAUUGGAGCAAGAGUUUCAACACCUGGAUCACGGGGACCGUGCAAAAGGUCUGCCAGGAUGGUACCUGUGAUCUCGAUGUGAAGCAAGCGGCCGUGCUCUCCAAGUUGAGGCCAUGGACCGCCGAGAAGCCCGAAGCCGAGGAGUCGGACGAGGUGAAGUCCAGGUCGCGACGCACGAAGGAGGUCGAGCUCCUUGAAGCGGUCUCCGAGCUCGAGUCCGGAGGCGAACGCCCGGCACCGGGCCGCGAGACGGACCCGGAGCUGCCGGCGGUCACCCCAUCCACGGGCAACUCCGAAGUGUCGACGGCAGUGAGUGUGGCUCCGCAGAUCCCCUAUAGGGAUUGGCCUGCAGAAAAGAUCUUCUUGGGAACUGGCCUGGAGUUUGCGGUCAAAGGCAGAAGAGCUCGAGUCCGUGAAGCUCGAGGCACUGACGGGACUUCAGGCUUGGACUUGGGCGAGCUCAUCCUGGAGACGGAGACCUUCGAUCCAUCCGAGCCCAGGAUCCGCUCCCAACUCUCGGAGGCCUUGGGUGGUUUUACCAGCGUGGAAGCCAUGACAGGCUUCUCUGGAGGCUUGAACGACGGUGUGUGGUUCUGCUCGGGCGAUGAAGGAGAACUGGUCUUGAAGCUGGUGAAAUGCCAACGCAUCGCCUCCAACGUGCCGACAGAGGCGGAGAACUUGGAGAAGGUCUACUUGGAGCAUCCUGAGAUUUGCUCGGACGAGAGCCUGGCCUUUCCACACCGCAUCUUCAGCUGCAUGUUGGAUGGCGCCAAGAAAUAUGACUUGAUCGUCAUGCACAAAGUGCCGGGCGAAAGACUCACCGAGGUGAUCUAUCAGAAGUAUUGGAAGAAACAGGAGACGUCUCUGCUGAGAAUUUUUGAGUGCUGUGGGCAGCAGCUGGCGAUUUUCCACUCGCGCUACCAGAAGCAACAUGGGGAUUUCCAGCCGUCCAAUAUCUUUUAUGACGAUGUCUCCGAGGGUAUCUACUUCAUUGACGUCGGUGGUAUGGGCGUUCCCACCAUGGACAACGACGUCGAGCACUUUUGCAGUGCCAUGAAGUUGCUGAAGAAUGCCUAUGGCCCCACCCUGCAUGAAGAGCUGGUGGAAGCUUUUGAGACUGGGUACAACGCUUGCGGCAGCGUGUGAAGAACGAGUGGAGUUGGACCCAAAACCCACGGAAUUCAUGGCUCGGUUUCACCCGGAAUCGUGGCUCGGCCGGGACGUCCGGUUCGAGACCACGUCACGAAUCACGAAUCCCCCGUCCUGCAUCGGGCGCCUGUUUGCUGCACCGCCGGAGGCCAGUUAAGUGGUCUUUCCGGCGCGCGCCGGGCGCUAUCUCUCCCUCAAGAGAGGGACAAUUCGAAAGUAAAGCCAUCAAUCACCUUGAUGCAUCGGACAAAACCCGGGCAGCCGCCUCGCGGUCGGUCGACGCUGAAUGACGGAUGAAGGACGGGAGACGACACGA